UUUAAAGUUUAAAAUAAUGAUUGUACACGUGAUAGUAAGAGUGUUCAUAAAUCACACGCCAUGAAAUUACUUAUAUUAAUCUUUAAUUCUUUAAUUACAAUAAAAUAAUUUUUAUUUUCAUUAAUUUUCUUAUGUUUUGUCAUAGUGACACGAUCUCUAUUUUGAUUGGUUAAAAUUUUGAUAUCUUGCGUUGGAGAUCUAAUAAAAUUAUAUUACGUAAUAUCUGUGACUCCCUAAUGGCAGACGAAGCAAUCGAAAGCCAAGCCGCGCCCAAGAGAGGACGAGGACGGCCAAGAGGUGCUAGAAGUACUACUCGAUCUAGAAUCACUGCGGAAAGGCAAUCAGGAGUUACUCGAGGAAGAGGGAGGGGUCGGGGCAGAGGGAGAUCUGCUUCUAUAGAAGACGAAGUUUUAAUGACAGAUAUAAAUAGAACUCCUGAACAAUCUAGACCACUUUUGUCAGAUAUUAAUAUGGAUUUAGGGUCGGAAAUAAAUCGUCCAAUGUCUCCACAGUUAAGCAGGGCACCUUCACCUACUCCCUCAUUAGCUUCAAUUUCGAGCGGUAGACGUUUUGGUUCCUUAUCGCAUGAUCUUCCAGCUCCAGGGAGAUUAGCUUCGGUGAGAACAGCUCCAACUGGACAUUACUUUCUAUCAACGUCUUCAAGAGUAACGUUACGUGGAACACAAAAGAAAAUAUUUGUUCCGACAGUACCUGAAGCACAUAGACGACCCCAACCAACAAUAACUGCCGACACAAUUACCCCUGAAUUAUUUUAUGUAGAAGAUAAUGAACCAUCUGGUUUUGAUUCAAGUGGACGAGGAAUAGAUCAAGGAAGAGGAACACGUGGACGUGGCAGAUUUAUGCCAGAUUUGGUUGCAUCUGGACCCUUUGCAUUUGGUUCAAAUACUAAUAUUCAACCACUGGAUACCACAAAUGUUUUUAGUACUUCAAUUAUUGAAGAAAGGAAAAGCAGGACAGAUAAUGCUGAAGAUUUUGAUUCUUUCCGAGAAGAUCCAUGGGCACCGGAUAUGCUUUUAGUUGAACAUGAAAAAGAGGAUACUGCUGGUAUAUUGGAAGAAAGAGAUAGAAACCGAAGUCGACGAACUUUCUUUUCUUUUUAUCCAUUAGGCAAGGAUGUAACUGACAACGAAAAAUCGAAAGAAGUUAAAAGGAAAUUAAUCCAGUUUGAUGAAGAAAAUCAUCUAUUAUGUUUCCAAUUGCCUACUAUCUUGCCUGAAUUUGAACCAUCUAAACGCUCAAGGAUGAGUGGGUCCAAUGAUAGAUCAUCUCAACUUGACAAAGGAAAAGGCAGAGUCGCAGAUAAAUUGGGGACAGGAUCACCAUUAACACAAUUGCCUGCAGGACAAGGAAAAGGUAAAGAAAGAGAGCAAGACAAUGCGGGGGACGCCAUUAAUUGUAAUAAACCGGAGGGGCAGAUAGGAAGACUGGUUAUACGUAGGUCAGGUAAAAUGCAAAUGAUACUUGGGGAUUUUACAUUUGACGUUAUGUCAGGUUUAGAUCGAACAUUUCUAGAGAAUGCUGUAGUGAUUGAUCCUUCUCAAGAAAGUGUUUUUAAUUUAGGUCAGAUCACACAGCAUUUGAUUGUAAAACCUAACAUUGCAAGCUUGUUAAAUGAUAUAUAAAUGAUUGGGUAAUAUAAUUAUUUAAUAUAUUUAAUAUGUAAUAUGUAAUAUUUAUAUCCAAACGAUUUAUAUAUUUUUAAUAAAAGUGGUUGGACUGUUGGCAAAUUUAUUGUAUAAUAUAUAAUUACUGUACUACCUAUUAUCCAAAUGGUAAUCUCUGAAUUACAGAUAAUAAUUUUAA